AUGACCAUGACAGUCCGUGUGGGUGCGGUCCAAGCAGAGCCGGUGUGGCUGGAUCUUGAGGGUGGCGUUGACAAGACGAUAUCCCUGAUUGAAAGUGCAGCAGAGGACGGUGUACAAGUUUUGGGGUUCCCAGAAGUAUGGAUUCCAGGAUAUCCAUGGUCCGUGUGGACAACAGCUGCGAUCAACAAUACCCCCUUCGUCCAUGAGUAUAUGAAGAACUCCAUGGCCAAGGACUCGGAACAGAUGAGGCGCAUCCAGGCUGCCGUUAAGAACGCGGGGAUGUUUGUUAUUAUCGGAUACAGCGAGCGGGAGGGUUCAAGUCUGUAUAUGGGUCAAUCGUUCAUUUCGCCCGAGGGCGAAAUUGUGCUUCACCGCCGCAAAAUCAAGCCAACACAUGUCGAACGAACCCUUUGGGGCGAGGGCCGGGCAGAGUCGUUGAAGUGUGUGGUACCGUCGCCGUUCGGAAACAUUGGCGGUUUAAAUUGCUGGGAACACCUGAUGCCGCUACUCCGUUACUAUGAAUACUCGCAGGGUGUCCAGAUCCAUGUGGCAAGUUGGCCGCCCAUUUUCGAGAUGCCUGAUCCGAAGAAGAUAUCCUGGCUCUACCACGAGACUGGAGAGGCCAAUCAACGAGCAUGCCAGUUCAUGGCGAUCGAAGGGCAAUGCUUUGUCUUGGUCGCCACCCAGGUUUUGACAGAGAAGAACGUGGAAAAGAAUGGUUUGACAGGAAAUCCUGUGACCAAGGCGCCUGGAGGUGGAUUUUCGAUGAUAUUCGGACCGGACGGGAAGCCUUUGUGCGAGCCAGUCGAUGCUGGUGUCGAGACCAUUAUGACAGCAGAUGUCGACCUGAGGGAUAUUGACUAUCCCAAAGCCUUCAUUGAUGUCGUUGGUCAUUAUGCCCGACCGGAUUUGUUGAGUUUGUUGGUCAAUCCUACCGUGGACAAACUGGUUGCUCCAAUGAGCAAAUAA